GGAAUUUUAAUGAGCUAUAAUUGCCCUGCUGUUCCUCUCCAUCAGAACAUCUACAUCAAGACAGAAAAGGUCAGAGGAUGAUUUCUACAGAAAGGACGGUCGGGUAGAAACAAGAACUCCGUUUAGUUAGAGACCACUUCAUUUACAGCUCAAGAACUGAGCAAAAUGGAGGUGAAGGUGUCUGUCAACGGCAUCCAACGGGUUGUGUGUGGAGUUACGGAGGAAACAACGUGCCAAGAAGUGGUCCUAGCGUUGGCUCAAUCUCUAGGGCAGUCAGGGCGCUACACCUUGCGAGAGAAAUUCAAAGACUUUGAGCGGUGCUUGACCCCUGAUGAACGCCUAUUGGAGACUUUGGAGAGGUACAGCGAGCAGGCCAAGGAGGUGCAGCUCAGUCUGCAGCACAACGGGCCUUCCACCGCAGAGGAAAUGGCCAGAGUAAAAGUCGGCAGAUACCAGCCCUGCCCGCCACUGAGAAGAAAAGACGUAGGACCAAAAAUGCGUAGAAGCAGCGGCUCCCUAAGUUUGCACCGUCAAAGCUUGCCGCCACUUUCAUGCUUGAGAGAAGAGGCUGAGGAGAAAAAAGACAACCUGAAGACGCCUAAAAGAAAGUCUCUAUCUCUGGUGGAAGAGGCUUGGGAAUGGCUGGAAAGUCUUGGUAAAGGAAAGGUCUACAGUACGGCAUGUGACAAGCAAAGCAAGAAGAGGACAGAUAAACGGGGCCGUGCCUCUUUAGAUUUGUCCCUCUUUGUUACAAAAGAAAACCAGGAACAAAGCUGCAGAGGUGCAGACACAAGUCAGAAAAGUCUGAGGUCUGACUUGGACCAUCAAACAUCCUGCUGCAUUGGAAGUCCCACAAAGGAGAAAAACAAGUGCUCAAAGAAAGGUCGAGAGCUCAAAUCUGACCAGAGCAGCUCAAUCUGCGCCGCAGUAACCAGAGAUGAAAAGAAUCGACUCAGAGACUCCAUCAUAUGCCAGCUGCUCUGCUUGCAGGACCUACAGGUCCAAAUAGCAAACACAGACACACAGAUCUUUGACCUCGAGCAAAAGCAGAAAGCCAAAAAAGCUGAAGAGGAAGCCCAGGAGAGAUUGGCUGAAGAAGAGAUGGAGCACAUCAGAUUUUGGGAGAACGAACUGAAAGCAGAGGAGAGUUAUGAGAAAGAGCUGCAGCAUCAGUUCCUCCAGCUGAAAGCCAAGGCUGUGGAUUGCAAAGCUACGUUAGAGGAAUACAAGCGCAGGAUGCAGGGGUUUGAUUUCUUUGCAAAUCUGAAUAUUGCUCAGGAGGACACAGAGGCAGCCGGUGAAAAAGAUGCAGUCAAGAUGGCUGCCAGCUUGAAAAAGGAAGAAAAUCUGGAAGGAUGUGAUUCCAGUGUGGAUGGAAAUGUCAACAGGAAGUUCCUGCCCAAAGAGGACCACCUCACUCCUCACGCUCUAGUUCCUCCAAAUCAGAUAAAGGAGCGGCGGCCCACAGGGCCCACAGAGCUGAGGGAGUGGUGGAAACGCUGGUCAGCAGCUCAGAAGACCCAAUCCUUAGAGGAAAGGAAGGUGAUUCACCGCUCUGAGCUCACCGUAUACCUGAGAAGUACCAAAGUGUAGAACCAACUGCUGAAAACCUGCUUCCUCAUCGUUAUACCUCCAUCAGGACAUUUUUAACCCCCAGAACCAAACUAUGAAAGACUUCUACUUUCACUUCCUUCCUUAUCCUUCAGGUUUUGAUGAAAACCAAUUGAUCAUAUUUUAAAUUUUAAUCUUUUAUGUAGCUCUAUAGAAUUCCAUUCCUAAUCAAACAAAUGACUGCAUUUCAAAUGUUUCCUGCUUUUAAUUUUUAGUCUAAAUAAAAGGAGAAAAUGGUUGGAUAUACAGAGCUGCGAAAAAGUAUUUAUCUUUAUCCAUAUUCACUUUUUGAGUUUUAUUGUAAAACUUCAUUAAAUGAGCUCUAAUGCCAAA